UGGUUUAGUAGUGACAGACAAAAAUUUUUUUAUGUCCCAAUUUGUUCCUUAGUAAACGGCCCUUCGAGCAAGGCGAGGAGUGUGUUUGUGCGAUUUGUGUUGUGCGGGAGGGGGCUUGUUUUUAGUAGCAAGGUCGUUCUUUGUGUCAAAAAAUCUACUUCUUGUGACGAAUAAUUCAUUUUAAAUAUUUACUUGUUAAUAUAGUGACUGACUAUUUUGUGUUCAAUUACAUAGUUCAUAGUGCGCGUAUGUUGUGUAGCAGCUUCUAAGUUUUAGAACAAUCUGUUUACUCGGAACGCUCCAAUGAGUUUGGGAGGAGGUCAGAACUCUGAGGGAUCAAAUGCAGGAGGAAUAUUCGUUCAAUUCAAUCAGGAUUGCACGUCCCUGGUAGCAGGCAGCAGCAGCGGCUACCAUCUCUUUGCGUUGACCCCUGACGAUGGCAUUGAAGAAAUUUACGCAAGCCGCUCCGGCCAGGACACAUGCCUGGUGGACCGGCUUUUCAGCAGCUCAUUGGUGGCGAUCGUCACGGUAUCAGCUCCCAGGAAGCUGAUCGUGUGCCACUACAAGAAGGGCACGGAGAUAUGCAACUACAGCUACAGCAACACGAUCCUUGCUGUCAAGCUGAAUCGAUCUAGGCUGAUCGUGUGCCUGGAGGAGUCGCUGCACAUCCACAACAUCCGCGACAUGAAGAUCCUGCACACCAUCCGCGACACGCCGCCCAACCCGCGCGGGCUGUGCGCGCUGUCGCCGUGCGUGGAGCACUGCUACGUGGCCUACCCCGGCUCCAGCGCCGUGGGCGAGGUGCAGAUCUUCGACGCCGUGCACCUCAACGCCAAGUGCGUCAUCAGCGCGCACGACAGCCCGCUCGUGGCGCUGGCCUGGAGCAUGUGCGGCCGCCGCCUGGCCACGGCGUCCGAGCGCGGCACCGUCAUCCGCGUGUUCAGCGUGCCCGAGCGCGCGCGCCUGCACGAGUUCCGGCGCGGGCUCAAGCGCUGCGUGUCCAUCGCCUGCCUGGCCUUCAGCGCCUGCGGGCUGUACCUGGCCGCCACCUCCAACACCGAGACCGUGCACGUGUUCCGCCUGCAGGAGGGCGCGGCCGGCGACGACGCGGGCGCGGAGGAGGCGGCCGCGCCCGACGCCGCCGCCACCUGGAUGGGAUGGAUCUCACAGGCCGUGACGGCCGGCAAGACGUACCUGCCGGCGCAGGUGGCCGACGUGCUGGCGCAGGGCCGCGCCUUCGCCGCCGCGCGCCUGCCCGCCACCGGCCACCGCGCCGUCGCCGCCAUCACCAACGUGGCGCGCGCGCCGCGGCUGCUGGUGGCCACGGCGGCCGGCGUGCUGUACGUGUACGCGCUGGACGCGGCCGAGGGCGGCGAGUGCGCGCUGCUGCGCCAGCACCAGUUCCUGCACGCGCCCGCGCCCGCGCCCGAGCCGCACGCGCCCCACGAAGCGGCGGCGGGCAACAGUUACGCGGGCGCGCUGCGCGGCCGGGACCCCACGCGGAUGACAGGGCGCGCGGGCGCCGGCUGUGAGCGCGCUGUGUGUGCAGAGUCGGAGCGCGCGGCCGAGCUGGGCGCCGCGCUGGACGCGCCGCCGCGCGGGCCCUACGACCUGCGCGACCCGCGCCACUUCCCGCCCAUGCGCGCCGCCGACGAGCCCGCCGCCGCCGCCGCCGCCGCGCAGUAGCGCCGCCGCCGGGAACUCCGCGACCUCCUAUAUUCCGUUCGUUUUUUUUUCAUGAGCGAAACCUCAACGUGCGAGCCGUACCUGUCGACCCUCGAUCCGUCCUGUGGACGUUGGUCUUUUUAUGUAAUUGUCUUAUAGAAUGGCGGCCGUGUCUCCCGUUUUGAGGUUUCACAUUAUGUAUUUAAAAAAACCGUGUGACGCUCAAUACUUUGUUCCGUGGAUUCCGCUCCUGCUGAAUGACCAGAGCCCCGAUUACGGUAACUUUUAACGUCUACAAUCCAGACACGCUUCAUCGAUUC